AUGGCUGAUGAAGCAGAUUUUCAUGCCCCAGAAGGUCUUCAGGCUUGGCUCUGUGCCGCCAUAGCGGACUCAUUACCGAAAGCCCUUGCUGCCUUCCAUGGUGACACUCCAUCGCCCCCCCGGAACCUGCACUCGGCACCUCUGGGCUCUGAUUUGGGUGAUUCCCUCCGUUCUGUGGAUAUGGGCUCCGCAUGUAAGAGACCUUAGAAGGACCAUGGUGCUCCUACAGACAAAGGGAAGAUGCCUGCAAAAUUUGCCAGGAUGGCCUCCUGUUCAGACGACCACCUGAUGGAGGAGGGUUAUGAUGCCCUGGAUGAAUACCGGGCCGACACCUCUGGUGCCGCAUCUCCUGGUGAGGGAAUUUUAAGCGGCCAAUCACGCUAUGUGCGGGAGACAUUGUUAGACUCUCCACUGACCGAUCAUCACAGGGCUCCACCAACCUCUGCUGAUGACCAGGGAGAGAUCCUUUACCCUUCGGGCUGCCCCCUCUUCGAUCCACGGCUCAUUAAACACCUCUGCUACGCAGAAUUGGGCCCUCUGGAUUACUGGUUUACCCCUUGGAUAAGAAGGUUAGAGUGA